AUGUCUACCUCCGCUGUAACCAAGAAGCUGGUCGUCUGUGGAGGCAACGGCUUCCUCGGAUCGAGGAUCUGCAAAUAUGCCGUCGCCAGAGGUUGGGACGUCACAUCCAUCAGCCGCUCAGGCGAACCAAAAUGGCAAGCCGUGACCUCAUCACCAGCUCCUCCGCAGUGGGCGCAUAAGGUCUCUUGGGAGCGCGCAGAUAUGCUCCGUCCCACAACAUACGCUCCUCUGCUCAAGGGCGCCGACUUCGUCGUUCACAGCAUGGGCAUCCUCAUGGAGGCUGACUACAAGGGCGUCGUCUCGGGCCAGGAGUCCCCCAUCGCCGGCCUGCAAAAGGCCUUCGCCCCCGUCAAAGACCGCGGCGUCGAUCCCCUCAAGGAUCCCGAGGGCAGCGAUCUGAAGCCCUCAAACCCCAAGGACCAGUUCUCCUACGAGGUUAUGAAUCGCGACAGCGCCAUCGCCCUCGCGAAGCAGGCCAAUGCCGAGAACGUCAAAGCCUUCGUCUACAUCUCCGCCGCCGGAGGCGCGCCGGUCCUGCCCGCGAGGUACAUCACCACCAAGCGUGAGGCAGAGAGCACGAUCGCCAGCGAAUUCCCCCGCAUGCGUGGCAUUUUCCCCAGGCCGCCUUUCAUGUACGACAGCUCGAGGAAGUUCACGUUGCCCCUGGCCGCGAUGACCGGUGCCGGUGCCCUAUUCAAUAGGCUGACUGGCGGGGUGCUGAGCGGGUUCAUGGGUGCCAGCGGCGUGAAGCCCCUGCCCGUCGAGUCCGUGGCCGAGGCCGUGGUGGAAGCACUUGAUGAUACAAAGGUUCAGGGACCGAUUGAAGUUCCCGAACUCGAGGAGCUGGCGAACAAGGGAUGGAGGAAAACCAUGCUGUAA